AGUGACACAACGCUGGUUACAAAUUUGCGGUAACAAUCGUUUUUUGUAGUUUAUAAUGUAAAUUUAGUUUAAACAAUUUAAUUGUGAUAACUUAGUUAAUAUAAAGUGAAAAUAUGGACGUUGAGGAAAUAGACCCGAUGGACUUGCUAUCCCCAGACCUAGCCAUAGACAAUGUAGAUCCAUUGUCAACUUGUCCUGAAGAUGAAGACGAUAACGAUGUGGAGGAAAUUAUUCAAGAACCCGUAAUAAUUGAUAUAUUGGAUGAUGAACCCGAAAACCCACCCAUAACGAACGGUGUUGCCCAUUCAGAGGAGCCAAGCUUGAUUGUUUUCCACCCCGGUCAAGUUCCCGACGAUUAUACGGACGAGGAGCGUGUCGUCUAUGAAAAAAUCUGUGGACCCGGUCAACAAGCCGUACAGUUUCAUCGAUUACAUUGUACGGCAUGCAAUGCUCAUCUUGGAAGUGCACCCGCUGAUCAAGACGAUCGAUAUCUACAUCCGUUGAUGAAGGUUUUAAUAUGUAAAUCUUGCUUCGACUUUUAUGGCAGCGGUGAUUUUGACCGAGAUGACGAUGGAAGCGAGUUGUAUUGCCGUUGGUGUGGACAGGGAGGGAAAGUUUUGUGCUGUGCACAGUGCGCGUAUGUCUUUUGCCAGAGGUGUAUUCGAGUGAACUUGGGCAAAAAAGCCUUAGAUAUGGUAAAGGCCAGUGAUGACUGGUUGUGCUUUGUGUGUAAUCCAAAUCAGAUUGUGAAGUUACGAGUUAUUUGCAGAGCUCUUUAUGAUUAUGUACAAGAGGAGUUGAAGAGAUGCAAAGACAGAUCACAAGCCCAGAUUUUAAGUAAGGAUAAAAGCUUAUGCUGCAAAACAAAACCAGUUGCAGUGAAAAGAAAGGAGAAUGAUACUACGUAUGAUCCCGAGAAUCGUAAAAAGAAAAAACUUCGGAUAAACUCCGUAUCGACGACGCCUAAGGAACCUGUAACCAAUACAUCGAGUACCUGGGUCGAAACGCAUGAGGAUGAAGUGGUUUGUACGCCUGACAUAUCGAUGUUGAUGGAUGAGGAGGAAUCACAUCAGCAGCCUCACUUUACAAUGCCAGACAAUGAUCCACUGUCGGAUGGUACUCCAGAAACAUUACCGCCACCCAUGGUUCCUCUCACGCCAGUAGCCGCUACUGAUAUCCAAUUUGUAAACCAAACUAAAUCUAAGGUUGCCAGAAAAACACAAGCAAAUCGGUUGGGAUAUACAAUUUCUCCAAAAGUCAUGAAAAAAGUAGACGCAAAAGGCAAGGCCAAUAGUAAUGUCGUAAGGAAAAGUGUAGCAUUUGAUAAAUUGCAAUACGAUUGGUUUGAAAAGGCUACAAAGCUGACGGCCGAUGUGAAUCAGAGUUUAAGUACGAAACUAUCUACCCUAUCAAAGAAUGAAUGUACGAUACAGUCCCUAGCUAGUUUGGCCCAAAUGCAUAACGAUCUACAAGCAAUGCUAAGUGGCGCAAUUAAUUCACUUAUGGAAGUACGGAAAACAUUGCGCUCCGAUUUUAUUGCCAGUAUAAAAAAGCUACAAUUCACCGAGUCAAUCGACGAAGCACCUCCUGCCGCAGUCUUGAAUAACAACGACAUAAUCGAAGUUGAUUCUACAGUUCUUACCGAAGAAAAUUCACCCCAAGGAAGCCGCAAUUAUAUUAAAGUAAAACCGACUUCCGAAUUAUUAGCUUCCUCCGUGAUUACCAUACCCGAUGAUGCCACUCCUCAAGAACCCGCUCCCACUCCUCAAGAAAGUCCCACAACUCCUCGAGGGUGUCCCACCACCCCAGAAGAACGUCCGACCACUCCUGAAGAACGUCCCACCACUCCUAAACCUUCAACACCAUCGCCGGAACGCGAACAGAUCAAUUGUGAAGCAGAUGAGGAUGACCAAAACCAAACGGAGGACUUAUCUGAAAUUGUGGAAUCUCUAAAUCCGGAAACAGUCACUCAAAUUAAGCGUGCCCUACUGGAGAGCAAAUUUGAAAAGAUUGUAAACGAGAAUCUAUCCGUUAAUGCAAACCUGCCACGCGACGAUCUGAAAAAGAUGGCUUCCGUUAGAGUGGUGUUGUCUCCGAAUUACGUCCCAAAGACGCCGCCUUUGAGACCUUCCAAACAGUACUCCCCACCCACCAUUAGUGAAUCACAAAAUCAAGUGGUGAUCUCUAAUAUCGACGAUGAGGAGGAUAUUGAGAAUAUACUAUCGGCAAGUCUAUUAUUAAAUCCAGCUAAGAAGGUUCGCACUGCAGAUUCCACAGAUGAUUCUGACGAUCAGAAUGAUCCGCUCGCUCUCGAUCCUGAUUCCUCCAACAAUGAUACAAAUAUUAGUAAUGGUGCGUUCGAUGAGGACGCAAAUUUAAAUAACGACCUAUCGAAUACUACAGAAGGAAUAGCCGUGCUCUAAAUUUUAAUAAUUUGAUGUGAAGAUGCCCUUAAAAUUGAUAUAGAGUAGUAUGGGAGUUAUUUCUCCCUUUUUUUUUUUCGGAGAGAAUGAAUUAAUUUGUAAUUUUGUUUGGCCAAGUUUGAAGGACGUGUAUGUUUGUUAGCACACUUAAUUUGAAUUGUGAAGUGAAUGUGUACAUUUUGCUUGGUGUUGGUAGAGGUGCUGCAUUUAAAUUUGUAUAUAGGAAGCAUCACUCCAACGUACGAAAAUGUAUUUCUUAUUGUUUAAUAAAUUAAUUUUU